CUUCCUUUAAUUGUUUCUCUCUUACUAUAAGAAGCUCUCUUGGAAUCUCACAAGCACAUUCAGUUAUCAAAAUCGAAGGAAGAAAAAUAUGACGAUGUUACUUCAGGUAGCGUGUGUUCUAAUGUUCAUGACUGCAUCGGCUCUUUCAAUGAGCUCCAAGAAAAACCUUGACGUUCCAAAUUAUCUUCAGGUCAUUCUUGCCAGCUACAAGACCCCAAAAGAAACACUGCAAAAGGAAUCGGAAACUCAAAAGACAGAGUCAUUGGAUGCCGUAAAAAACAUUCCAUCGCAACUGGAUUCUCUUUUGCAAUUACGAAGGGAUCUGUAUCAUGCAUACAAUUUAACAUACCAAAUCAAGGAUCCAGUCGGUCAUGUCCUGUAUCGUAACGAAUAUGGGGAUGGCUCCGGGGUCUUAAAAGGAUCUAUGGAUUUUACAAAGGACACUGGCACAAAGACGGUUAUCAAUUACACUCUUCAAGUCGAGGAGACACCAGCCGCGAUUUCGGAACCAGUCCCUGAGGAAAUGUAUGAACCCAAGAUGAGCAGUUCUGGAGAUGGAAACCUGAUGACUGAGGAAGACACAAGUGAGGAAGAGAAACCUCACAUAAUAACUCUCUCAACACCCCCUCAAAAAGUGGAAUAUUCCGUUAUGGAUAGCAAUGGCAAUUUAAACCAAAAAGAGAGCUAUUUAUCAGCCCAUUCUGACAUGAAAGGUGUCAGUGACUUCGACGAUCUCCAGGCACUUUCAUCGCACUUGGUAGAAGACAAAGAACAGGCACCCGAUUACAGCGCUUUUAAUGUGGGAAUGAGAGCACCAGGCAUGAUGUUCCAUAUAAAGCCAAAACCUAGAGGCUACGAGCAAGUAUGGAAGAAAGGACAAGGUCUUGUAGUUAACAGAGAAUAUGAAUUGCCUUAUAACUACAGAAAUGCAAUUAGAUACCAUACAUAUAUGGAAGACGAUGAAGACGAAAAACCUCUGCACAUCUACAGUACGAAGCCAACAAUUAAAGUCCUGCAUUUGUCCCGGGAUUUUAAUGGAAAUUAUGAAAUAUCAACGAUGACAGGCGAUAAUAUUAAGCAACGGAGCCUUGGAGAUAAUGAAGGGGAAAGGUCCUUGUAUAUGAGCCACUCAAAGCCGGCGGUGCAUGCUAUGCAUCUCACCUCGGGUGAUAGCAAACUAUUUGAGGCCGAUGCUCAUGAGCAGUAUUCUCAGCACCCCUUGGAUUAUGAUGGAAUUGAAAACCAAGAUAAUUCUUCCUUUUCGAUCGGCAACUUGCAACCAAGUGCUUGAAGUGGUUUUCAUGGGGAUGAUUACUGAGUACUAAAAUGCAGUUCACUUCCCUACUCUUGAUUAAAAAUAAUAGAAUGUACUUAAGUAUGCAUUUAAAUAGCAUGGCUAAUUCUGCUUCGUUGUUUGUUUAAAGUGGCAACAGCUUAAAUUGCUUCAUUAGCGUAUAUUUUGAUUCAAUACAGAACUCUAAUUUAUUAAUUCAAUAUUUUGAUCAACAAAAAAAGCAAAAUCUCUCAAACUGAUUGGUUUAUUUAUUUCCAAAUGUCUCCCUAAAAUUCUGGGUUUCUUUGCAAAGAUUUCAUUGAAAGAAUUUCUGAUAUCGCAGAAAAAUUUUAUAAUUUCAAUUAAUCCAAUUUUUGAAGAACAAAGUAUUUUUUUAAUAUUAUUUUCUUUUUAAUAAUCCAACUAUCUUUACAUGUAUAAAUUAUUUUGAAACUAAAAAUAUCUGAAUUGUUUAACCUUUUAAUCCUAAUCAAAACUCUCUUUUUAAUGCUGUAAGCUGUAAUAUUUAGCAAUAAAUAUAACUUUCUACAUCGUCAUUAAUAAAUAAUGCGUUAAAGUUUAAUUUUUAUUUACAAAAACUAAAUAUAUUUUAAACUUUGUUUAUUAAUUUAACUGUAGUAAAUUUUGGAGAAGAUGAAUAGAAAAUGAACUGUUACAUAGAAAUAUACAUUAAUGAAACAAUAGUUUAGCUCGGUUAGCUCAAAAUAUUUUUCUUAAGCAUUGUGAUUCAUAUUUUAAACGAAAUAUGUUUAAAAUAUGAAUCGCUAUUUUCAAUGCAUACCAUAUUAUGCCAUUCAUUAAAGAAUUCUUCCAAUAAGUUGUGACAGUUGUGGAGGAUUAAAUCGCUUUGUCAACUGAAAAUUGUUACUAGCAAAUUAUCGUCUGGUAGAAAAUAAAAAUCGUGAAUUUCUUACACAGUUAAUUUUUCAAACAGCAGAAUGCCAUGUUAAAUAAAUGAAAUUAUAUCUAUAUUUUGUAAAACAUUUUAUAACUACUAUUUUUAUGCUUCUACAAAUACAUAGUGACUGAAUUUAAAAAUGUAAAAAAAUGCAAUUAGAUGAUGAAAUCUUCAUAAAAAGCAAGACUGAUAAAGCUUUAAAAAAUGUAGUUAUAUUAAUAAAAUGCAAUAAAAUAUAGACUUCAAACA